GGUCUUAGCUUGAUUUCAGUGAUUAACGUGUAAAGCUGAAGUUUUUAUGCACAUGUUCUACUUUUUGCCACUAGGGUUGGAUUUUUUUACAUAUUUAGGAUAAGAAACUUGAAAACUUGGGAAGUUUUUCUGAUUUUUCCUAAGAAGAUGUCGCCUGAAAUGGCGAUAAUGGCCGACGAUGGAGUCGAGUACUCUUUUGCUCUGGAGUACCAUGGCCCACCCAUAACACAUGACCUUCCGAAAGCCGUUCCCAUCAAUGUCGAGAGGAUUCCGGUGGCAGCUGUGGUUUCCCAAGUAUCUUUAUCGGAGAAGUUGUCGUUGCCGAUUGUCCAACCGGUAAUAGCUUCUGAUAUUACAAAAAAGUUCUCGAAAGAGUUAACGUUAGGCUCUGAAUCAACUGUUUCACCUACAUCCGUUAUUCAAUUUGAAUCGCGAGAUGGGGAUGGUUAUGAUUCCGUGUCAAAAGAACUCGGUCUAGGGUUUGAAACCACUGUUUCUCCAAGUUCUGUGAUUGCAUUGGAGGAGAGAUGUGGAAGCAAUGCCAACUGUGUGUUAUCGGGUGAGUUGAGCAAUUCAGGUACUUUAGAGGAGUUCCCAGAAGGCCAAUAUGGAUCUGGUGAAUUUUCUGAAGUGAUUAAUUCGACUGGGUUGGGAUGUUCCUCCAUCAGUCAUGAUCAUUCCUAUGAGUUGGUAGGUGGGGUGGAAAGCUCGGGGACAUUGGGAUUUUUGGAUCGCUUCGAGAGAUCUAAGGAGUUAUCUGGAAGUUCAAGUGCAUUGAGGGUUUCGAAUGGUUGUAAGGAGAGCUUAGACGGUAGUGAUUUGAACCCACCGGAUUGGGCCUCAACCGAGUCGGUGUUGAGUUUGGAUUAUCCGUCUUCUAGGGUAUCUUCUCUAAGGAUAGGGGAUGGCAAUAAUGAACCUGCUUCUGAUGUAAGGAGAAAUCCUGUUGUUACAUUUCGUGACGCUGAGUCAGAGGACGAGGAUAUUAGUCAAGAAUUUAGUCGCCCUGAACCUGAGAUUGUACGAGAGAGUAGAAAACCUCAGGUCAAGGUGAGGAAAGGAGCAUGUUAUCGGUGCUUCAGAGGCAAUAGGUUAACCGAAAAGGAGAUUUGCAUUGUUUGUGAUGCAAAAUAUUGUAGUAAUUGUGUGCUCAGAGCAAUGGGGUCUAUGCCAGAGGGGCGAAAGUGUGUUACUUGCAUUGGAUGCCCUAUUGACGAAUCAAAGAGAGGGAAUUUGGGAAAAUGCUCUAGAAUGCUCAAGCGACUGCUUAAUGACUUGGAGGUUCGACAGAUACUGAAGACUGAGAAACUGUGUGAAGUGAAUCAAUUGCCAUCGGAGUAUGUCUGCAUAAAUGGAAAGCCACUGUGUAAUGAGGAGCUGGUUAUAUUGCAGAGCUGCCCAAAUCCACCAAAAAAGCUAAAACCAGGAAACUAUUGGUAUGAUAAAGUAUCUGGCCUUUGGGGAAAGGAAGCACAGAAGCCUUCACAAAUUAUAAGCCCCCAUUUGAACGUCGGGGGUCCCAUCAAGGCGGAUGCUAGCAAUGGGAACACACAAGUGUAUAUUAAUGGUCGUGAGAUCACUAAAGUAGAACUACGGAUGUUACAGUUGGCUGGAGUCCAAUGUGCUGGGAACCCACAUUUUUGGGUGAAUGAGGAUGGUUCAUACCAAGAAGAGGGACAGAAAAAUACAAAAGGCUAUAUCUGGGGAAAGGCCGGAACAAAGCUGGUUUGUGCUCUAUUGUCUCUUCCAGUUCCUUCGAAAUCGUCUUAUACUUGUGGAGAACAAAUGAAUAAUGUGCUUAGCCGAAUGGUGCCAGACUACCUUGAGCAGAGAACACUUCAGAAACUUCUUCUAAUUGGAUAUAGUGGAUCAGGGACGAGUACCAUAUUUAAGCAGGCCAAGAUUCUUUACAAAGAUGUAGCUUUCUCGGAGGAUGAACGUGAAAGCAUCAAAUUAUUAAUCCAGAGCAAUGUGUAUGGCUACCUUGGUAUACUACUUGAGGGCCGCGAGCGUUUUGAAGAUGAAAGUUUGAAUGAAUUGAGGAAAGCUCAGUCUCUUGAUGAAUAUGGUCAAAUAGCAGGGAACACUGACGGGGAUGAUUCAAAAACUAUAUAUUCUAUUUGCCCAAGGCUGAAAGCAUUCUCCGACUGGCUUCUGAAAACUAUGGUGGCAGGAAAUUUGGAAGCUGUUUUCCCAGCUGCUACUCGGGAAUAUGCACCAUUAGUUGAAGAAUUGUGGAAAAAUGUAGCCAUUCAGGCCACAUACAAGCGUAGAAGUGAAUUGGAAAUGCUCCCUAGUGUUGCUAGCUAUUUCCUAGAGAGGGUCUUUGAUAUAUUGAGAACAGAUUAUGAACCUUCAGAUGUGGACAUACUAUAUGCUGAAGGUGUUACCUUAUCAAACGGGCUUGCUUGUGUGGACUUCUCAUUCCCUGAGCCAUCACCUGAUGAUAAAAAUGACACUGCUGAUCCGCAGGAUUCUCUGCUCAGAUUUCAACUGGUUAGGGUACAAGCCAGAGGCUUUGGAGAAAACUGCAAGUGGCUAGAGAUGUUUGAAGAUGUUAGACUUGUUGUUUUCUGUGUUGCCUUGAGUGACUAUGACCAAUUUGCUAGUGAUGACAAUGGGGAUUUGGUAAACAAGAUGUUACUGAGCAGGAAAUUCUUUGAGAGCAUUGUUACACAUCCAACCUUUGAUCAGAUGGACUUCCUUCUAAUACUGAACAAAUUUGAUUUGUUUGAGGAAAAGAUGGAACGAGUUCCUCUGACUCGGUGUGAAUGGUUUGAUGAUUUCCAUCCAGUGAUGAGCCGUCAUCGCUCCAACAGCAGUAACAGCAACAGCUACAGCAACAACAUCAACAGUAGCCCCUCCCUGGGUCAGGUGGCUUUCCAUUAUAUUGCUGUUAAAUUCAAGAGGCUCUACUCGGCUCUCACUGGGCAAAAGCUGUUUGUUUCACUGGUGAAGGGUUUGGAGCCCAAGAGUGUUGAUGACACGUUUAAAUAUGCGAGGGAGAUUCUGAAGUGGGACGAAGAGAGACCCAACUUCAGCAUGAGUGAGUACUCAUUAUAUAGCACCGAGGCCAGUUCAUUCUCUCCCUGAAAAGUUAAAUCAGCAAAAGGAUUUAGCUGGGGUCGGCCCCUGUUUAACCAUCAUCAUUUGCACUGUACAUAAAAAGGUCUUGUAAAUGAGGAAGAUGAAAGUUGUUUAAUGAUCAGCAUUAGUCUUGGUUUGUUUUCCUACCUUCCACAAGUAAUCGCAGCAGCCAGAUUACAAGAAGCUGAGGUAUCAUUCCUAUGUGGUGCUUUUACCUACUUACGUUGCUAGCACAUAUCCGCACACGUUACUUUUGCAAUACCUCGUGUUUGUGUCCUAUCAACCUGCCAAGCAAUGGCAUCUUAUCAGCAGUGCUAUUUGUAACAUGUUUGUGCAACUGCGAUCCUGGGGAUUUGAUAUAGCAGCACUAAUUGCGAUAUAUUAUGAAAAUGAAUCUGAUUUAGUCGAAAGUAUUCUUCUUUAUGUGAAAUUACAGAUGUGCAGUAGAAAUCUUUGUUGAAGUGAAGGCACUGAUGAUAUGUAUUGCAUUUGUUUUUCUUUUGCCUCUGUUUGUUUCCGAGGCUGGCAAAUUUGUUGUCUGAUUGGGACAUCUCUGUAUGCACAUUCUUAUUUUGGAUAGCAGUAGUCCAUCUCCUAAUGCAACUGCUAAGAUUGGAUUCGAUUUGCCUCCAUUACUCCUUCCCUUUAAUUUUUUUCAAUACAUUGUUAGAUGAGUGAAAUGUGUAAUAUUUUGAAUUUUAAUGGAUUAAAUGUUUUUUCAUUCAUUUAUAUUGUUGGUGGAGAGUUAAUCAUUAUUAAGGAGUUUUUUCACGAGCAAAAAAUCUUAUCCAUUGAAAUUUAAAAUUUUAUAUGUGUCACUCAUCUAGGACUGUAUUGAGGAGAAUUGAA